GAGUGCGACUUCAAAAUCUGGGGGACGGGGCAAUAAAUGACGUAAUAGCAUAAACCUACACUCAUGAAAAGUACCUACUGUAUCACCAUCACCGCUCCUGAAGAGCCCCGCAUUGAAAUGCGAGUCGGAGCCGCUGGAGGACAUGCGCGGAGCAACACGGAACAUGGCGGCCUAGUGGAGGAGAGAAAGUGUUGAAAUCUGCUGCAAAUUUCUUGUCAAAUUGGGACGCCAUCAUUGUGACUGUAGCAGGAAGCUCAGUGCCUGGUCUCCUGCCUCCAGUUCUGUUAGUUGGUGGUGGAAGGACCUCAAGCUGUCAACAUGGGCAGAAGCUCAACAAAAGACCAGAAAGAUAGCAAAAGGGAGAAACCAGGAAAGAGCUAUUCCUCCCCAAGUCCCUCACACAGCAAAGAAAUUUUUAGCUGGGAUGAAUAUCUAAAAGAAACUGGAGCUGUGCCUGCUCCUCCUAGCUGUUUUAGACAGUCUAGGAUCCCCCCUAGCAAUGAUUUCAAGAUGGGCAUGAAGCUGGAGGCCCACGACCCCCGCAACUUCACCUCGGUGUGCAUCGCCACGGUGAUGGGCAUCACCGGCACGCGGCUGCGGCUGCGGCUGGACGGCAGCGACAACACCAACGACUUCUGGCGCCUGGUGGACUCCUCCGACAUUCAGCCGAUUGGGACCUGCGAGAAGAAUGGGGACAUGCUGCAGCCCCCUCUGGGAUUCAGAAUGAAUGCUUCCUCAUGGCCAAUGUUUCUUCUAAGGACAUUAAGCGGAGCAGAAAUGGCACCAGCAACCGCUUUCAAAAAGGAGCCACUGAAGCCUCCACAGAACGGUUUCAAACCUGGGAUGAAGCUGGAAGCCGUUGACAGGAAGAACCCUUACUUAAUCUGUCCAGCGACCAUCGGUGAAGUCAAGGGUGAUGAGAUCUUCGUGAUGUUUGACGGCUGGAGGGGUGCCUUCGACUACUGGUGCAAAUACGACUCUCGAGAUAUCUUCCCUGUGGGGUGGUGCUCCUCUACCAAGCACAGCCUACAGCCACCUGGGAACAGCGUCACGCUUCCAAAGAGCCUCCCAGCGUCCGUGUCCUCGCCUACCAAGCCCACAAGACGCUCCAUGCAGUCACCCCACAAGCUCCCUCCGCUGCCCCCCCUGCCUGUCAGGAAGGGGGUUCGGGGGCGCAGGCCGAAGAGCGAGACCCUGGCCUUGUUGAAAGCAGCAGCCGAGGCAGCGGCAGCACAGAACAGCGCUGUGACCCAGAGCACGGCGGCCAAGACUACCUCCAGUACACACCACUCCCCCAAACCCAAAAAGAAAGGUCCGAAGCCCGGGAGCAAGAGGAAGCCACGAGUGGCCCAGGGCCCUAUCCCAUCAGGCACUUCCACAGUUGCUCCUGAAACAAAGCUGAACAGCACUCAGGUACAGAAGGAAGGGCCUAACCACCUCAACUCAAACCCUGCGGUCAUCUCUACAGUGUGUGUGUACGUGAACAAGCAUGGCAACUGUGGACCUCACUUGGACCGGAAGCAGGUGCAGCAGCUGCCAGAUCACUUUGGUCCGGGCCCGGUCAACGUGGUGCUGCAGCAGGCUGUGCAGGCGUGUGUGGACUGCGCCUACCAGCCCAAGACUGUUUUCAACUUCCUCAAGGCGGGCCAUCAUGGAGGAGAGCUCAUCUCAGCCUCGUUUGAUGGAGGGAAACACCUGGUGCAGCUGCCCUCGGUGAACAGCGCUUCCUUCGUCCUGCGCUUCCUGGAGAUGCUGUGUCACAACCUGCAGUGCGAGAACCUCUUCAGCAGUCAGCCCUUCAGCCCCUAUGUGGCCGCCGUCCACGGGCACAGCACUUACGACAGGAACAAGUCGGUGAAAGAAGAGACGUCGGAAGCCUUAUCAAUAAAUCGGGGGACCAAGCGCUUUUCAAAGGACUCUCCACCCUACACUGCUCCCCUGUCACCCAAGCUCCUCAGAACAGAGGCUCAUCCUUCAGAAGCAGAGACACUGCCACACGAGGAGAACGGGAUGUUGAAGGAGCAGCGUUUCUCCGAGGAGUCCAUGGACUCGGCCUCCAAUUCCAUGAACCCCAGGCCCCCAUCCCUGCGCAGCUCCUCGGAGUACCGCAGCCCGGCCGGUGCCCCCUACUACCCGGGCCACCCCCCGACUCUCCGCCGCCUCGCCUCCACCCCGCCCGAGCUCACCGGCACACGCCUGCACCGACGAGUCGAAGGUGGGCAGACUGCCAGCUCAACAACAGGCCCUGACCCCCAGGCCACAGACGGAGAGCUCCCCCGAAUCCCCAGCAAGAGCCCCUCUACCUGGACCAUCGAGGAGGUGAUGCAGUUCGUGAGGGACGCAGACCCUCGGGCCCUAGCUCCACACGCAGAGCUCUUCAGGAAACACGAGAUCGACGGCAAGGCGCUGCUGCUGCUGCGGAGCGACAUGGUCAUGAAGUACAUGGGGCUGAAGCUGGGCCCUGCUCUCAAGCUGUGCUACCACAUCGAAAGGCUGAAGCAGGGCAAGCACUAGCUACCCCGCGCUCCUCCCUGCAGUCAGGACAGGCCAGGAGAGCCGGCUGGGGCCUCAGUCCGCUGGAGCUGUCCUGUGAACCAGACACAGUCCAGCUGAAGGGAUAACACUCUGGCUCUGUGCUGGCAGGGGCAGUGUUUAUCUACACACAACCAGCCAAGAUACUAAACAUGGUGCACUGCCCGCUGCCUCUUUACAAAGCAUCUUUGUAGACUCUUUUAUUUAUGAACUGCAGAGACCACCAUACCUCUCUUUUUUAUCAGCAAGUAAAGAUGAAUAACUUUCACGAAGACAGUUCAACUCAGCUGAAAUCCAAAGGAUAAUCGGUCUAGUGUUUACAUUGCAUAUGUAUAUUCUUUGUGUGAUUUAAAAACAAAAGCAUUUGCUAAAGGUACAGUAUGCGUACAGUAUGCACUGUAGCCCCGAGGAUAGAGAUUGUUCAGCCAAUGUCCUAAUUCUAAUGAGGCGCAGAGGCUAAAUUGAAUCAGUAUUCCUUUCCUUUUUUUUCUUUUGUAGCUCUUGCUCAUUUACAGUGAAAUAUUGUUUGUGAGGCAUUUAAUUUGAAAAGCAAGACAAGCAUAUAAAAUGUUUUUUCAUCCUGUCUGCUGGACAGCAUAUAAGCACCAGCCACUCUUUGAGAUGGAUGUACUCCGAUGUUUUAAGCUAAGUGGAAAGUGUCAAUGGGAUCGUGAAACAUCACUCGGAUACAUUCGUAUGGGGGGAUUUUGGCUGAUCUUUACCUUUUCCAUUCCCGGCUUUUCAUAAUAGGGCUAAACUCCUGGUGAGCUGAUUGUACUACAUUUUUAGCAUAAAUAGACAUUGUUUGACAUUAACAGGUGCUUUCCUGUUGUAUUUAAUGUAGACUAUGACUGGAAUUAACUAUUAUUUUUUGUGGCAGGGGGGGUGAUAGAUCACAUAAUGUAUAAAACUGCUUUGUAUGUGUGAGUUUUUUUUCCUACCAUUUUUAUGUAUAAAAAUACAGUAAUUGUUUUCUGACAUUAUCCAGGAUCUGAAAAAAACACAUCAUGAAUAAUUUAUGAAUUGAAGGGUAGGAGGAAUAUGUUUUUGUCCACUCUUUUGAAAGCGCUCUUGAACAAACUGAAUGUUAUAAAACUUAGUUUUGUAUAAUUCAGUAGGGUUGGGGCUGAUUGUAGACAUAACGCUAACAUGGCCUUCAUGGAGCAGGGCUGCUGCUAAAAUAAGCAAAAAAAGCAUCAAUUGAUGCUCAUAGAGUAAAUAAUUUUAAAACAAUUAAAUCAAUCCGAAGAUUAUCUUCACUCUUGGUGAGAUCAUUCAUGCAGAAGUGCCGCUGGUUAGAACCAGAUUCUUCCGGCGUUGUUGUUGUUCCCCUUCCAAAUUGGUCCGUUUUUGUAGUGUGCCAGUGGAAAGGGCAGAAAUACUGAAAAAACUUCUAGCAAUCUAAGGGGUGGAUUAGGAAAAGACUGUACUGAAACGAAUUGAUUUCCAGGAAAAAAGGCUGAAUCAUAAUAACGUACAUUUUACACACUGAUUACAUUUUUCCUACCUUUUUCUAAAUAUAUGGUUAGCCCUUACUGUAAUGUUUAGGUAAUGACCCUAUUGAAGAUGCAAUUUGUUUUUUUAUUAUGUUUUUUGUAUUUUUUAUCUUUAUAUGCUCAGGCUGUCCACUCUCCUUCAACAGAUGAUUAAUAUUUGCCUAUUUAAACCACCCUAACAUUACCAGAGUCCGGCCACUGUUUGAGAUGGAUCAGUGUCCACUGUCUCUUCCUUUGGUUGUCAUAACCACUGUGGACAUUGGCAUUGUGGGUUGGAUUCGGCAAGCUAUGAGAAAACCUGCAUGAUAUGCAGCCCUUUACAAGCCCACUGUGAAAAGACUAGUUGGAUGAGUCGCAAGGGCACUGUACUAGGGACAAGUAGAGAAGGAGUUUGUGUGUACUCGCAGAUCCCUGGCUGUGCUCCCUAGGUUGAACUAGGUUCCUAUGUCUGGAAUCUUUGUCAACCCUUAGUGAUCAAGGCACAAGCUUUGUGCCUUCAAAUUUCUGGCAGCUCGAGUUUAUUUCACUUAGGAACCUUGAGUCAGCAGGAGGGCAGUGAGUGUAAUGUAGUGACUGGGGAGAGGAUUGAGUGCGACCUGACUCAGAUGAGGACUUACAGGCAGUGAUCCUGGUAGCUUGUGGACAGGAAGUGACCUGGAACUGAUUUGCUCCAGCAGGUGGUGAUUCACUAUGAAAGAAGAGCUUAGAGUACUGUAUAUCAUCUAUGAGCAAGCAGCAAAUUUGUGGGGAGUGGACAGCCUGAAUCAUGAGCACAACCUUGAAACCUUACAUGUUCUCAUAAACUUCUGUUCUCCUGUUUGUAUAAUGGUGCUACUAUGUUUUUCCAAACAUGUUUCAGCCCCUGCCUGUGUAGGCUGUGGGGUUCUGAGAGCUGUGAGUACAUUUGUUUGGGGAGAAAGAAAUAUUUGAUGUCACAUCUUGUGACUGUAUAACUCUCAGCUCGAGAUUAUUCUUUUUUAAUUACUAUUAUUUUUAUUAUCAUGUCUUGGCAUUUUUAUGGGUUUAACCAUGAAUUUCAGGGACAAGAAUGUAAAUUUUUGUAGAAAAUAAAUAUUUUAAACUAAUCCUAUAUAUAUAAAUGAAUUUUAGGAAAUUUGAGCAUUAGAAAAAGCUGUAGAAAAUUUUUCUUACUGCCUUUUAUACUUCAUUGCUUUUAGUUAAAAACAAGAUACUGCUUACAAGUACUUGACUGAAAUUGCCUUGCUUUAUUUUCAUAUUCCUCAGGUUUAACUAGAUGGUGUUAGCCCAUAUUUCCUUCUGUAUAAAGAGCAUUUGAGUUUUUCUUGUAAUCAUACCUUCUACAUGUGACUGUAUUCUUUUUGCCUUUUGACCAAGUUAUGUGCCAUAAAAUGUGUGUGUGUAUAUAUAUACACAUCUAUUGACACAGUAUGUAUAUCCUGCUUCAUGACCAUUAUUCUUAAUUAAUAAAGCAAGUGCUUGAACAAUG